UAACCACUGGAGGAGUGGAGAGCCCACUCCGUGUGAUAGAGUGACAGCCCGGCACCACGGCCGCCCACUCUCACACAGGCUGUGGUGACUCUUAAUUGUGUAACGUCCAUUGACGAGUCAGCACAAUGCUGCUGGGAGCGACGAGGCGCACUUAGCCGAGCAGAUGCGAUGAAAUGCUCCCAGCGAGGAGGACACAGAUGGACAGCCUAGUUCAGCCGCUCGUCGCCCAGUACCUCGCCAUGGGAUGCCAGUCAAAAGAAAACAACCAAAACGAAAGUAUAACGCCGGAUGACAAAGGAAAAGACGACGCAAGAGUGACUUCAGGAUGUGGCCCCAAGUCCAGAGUUUCUCCUCCAGGCCGUCCUCACCGGUUCCACAAACCCAGCCCAGCACAAACGACUCCAGGCAAAUCCAUGAUGUCCCUCGGACACCUCACCAAGGGGGCGAGCUGGGAGGAAAUUAUCCAGGCCUGUCUGCGCUCCUUUGACUCAGACGGUUGUUUGUGUGGAAGCAGCCACGUGUUGAACAUCAGCCUGACCAUGCACCGUCUCCUCAUCUCCUCCAGUGACCUGCUGGAUAAACUCAUCGCUCUAUUUAAAUCAGCACUGGAUAAUGAGCAGCCAGCAGAGUGUCAAAGGAUAUGCUACCUCAUCAGAUACUGGAUCCAGGAGUUCUGGAUGAUGUUUCGGCUACACCACAGUUUGUCAGACAGCCUGGAGCAGUUCAGAGAGCUGAUCAGGGAGCAGGGACAGGAGCGUCUUUGCUCUCUCCUAGAGACCAAAUGGAUAAAUGAACGGGACUGGUCGUGGAAAGCCAGCCAGAAGAUUAAAGCCAACAGCAGUAAAAAGAGGAAGGUCUCACUGCUUUUUGAUCACCUGGAGCCCAUUGAGUUGGCUGAGCAUCUCACCUUUUUGGAAUUCAAGUCCUUCUGCAGGAUAACAUUUAUGGACUUUCAGAACUACAUUCACAACUGCUGCAUGAAGGACAUCCCCGCCAUGGAGCGUUCCAUCGCCCUGUGUAAUGGGAUUUCCCAGUGGGUUCAACUGAUGGUGCUGAGCAGGCCGACUGCACAGCUGAGAGCUGAGGUUUUCACCAAGUUCAUCCACGUGGCUCAGAAUCUACAUGUUAUGCACAAUUACAACACACUAAUGGCUGUGGUGGGAGGGCUAUGCCACAGCUCCAUCUCCAGACUGAAGGACACCACCUCACACGUACCCAACGAGGUCACAAAGGUGUUGAAUGAGAUGACAGACCUUCUGUCCUCAUGCAGAAACUAUGACAACUACAGACAAGCUUACAACAAAUGUACAGGUUUUAAGAUCCCAAUCCUUGGAGUCCAUCUCAAAGACUUGAUUUCAGUCAAUGAGGCCAUGCCAGACUAUGUGGAGGACAACAAAGUGAAUGUCCAGAAGCUGCAGGCACUCUACAGCCACAUUAAUGAUCUGAUCCAGCUUCAGCAGAUCCCUCCCCGGCUGGACGCUAACAAAGACCUGGUCCAUCUUUUAACGCUGUCCUUGGACCUGUACUACACUGAGGAUGACAUCUAUGAGCUGUCUUAUGCCAGGGAGCCAAAGAACUGCAAAGCACCUCCAGCCACCCCUUCUAGACCCCCGGUGGUUGUGGAUUGGGCAUCAGGAGUGGCUCCUAAACCUGAUCCUCGAACCAUCAGCAAACACGUGCAGAGAAUGGUCGAUUCCGUGUUCAAGAACUACGAUCAUGAUGAGAACGGUUUCAUUUCUCAAGGGGACUUCGAAAAAAUUGCUGCUAGCUUUCCUUUUUCCUUCUGUGUCAUGGACAAAGAGAAAGAGGGCCAGGUCAGCAGAGAGGAGAUUACCGCCUAUUUCAUGCGGGCAAGUGUCAUCUGCUCCAAACUGGGCCUUGGUUUUGUCCACAACUUCCAGGAGACCACUUACAUGAAACCCACUUUCUGUGACAACUGCUCAGGAUUUUUGUGGGGUGUCAUCAGACAAGGCUACAGAUGCAAAGACUGCGGGAUGAACUGCCACAAGCUGUGCAAGGACCAGGUAGCGUUUGAGUGCAAGAAGAAUGCCAUAAUGAACAACGCCAUGGAUAGUCCGACACCCAGCUCGACACCCAGCUCAACACCCGUCACUGCGGGCACCUCAGAGGGUUCAGAGGAUUGUCCUUUCCCCUACCCAUCUGAUGACAGCAAAGACUGGAGCCCAGAAUCCCCUGUCACCUCUCAUAUAGGGCUCCUAAGGGUCCACAGCGGAACCCAAACAGAGGGACCCCAGCUUACUCCUGCAGCUCUGGAUGCCAGCCGAGCCCAGCCAUCUCUGCUGGUCCCAGCAGCACCCCCCCUCAGCUCAUGUCCCAGCCCGGUGCCCCAGAGAAAACACAGACACUGUGCAAAGUGGGAAAACAGAGCGUCUGUGGUGCCCAAGGAGGCAGAGGAGGACAGCAAGCCCACCAUUGAGGCGCUGGAAUCAGACAACAAGAGGCUCCAGAAAGCCAACGAGACACUACGUAGGAAGCUGAAGGAGGCAGAGCGGGAGGUGGAGAUGCUAAAGACACUGCUGAAGAGACACGCUCUCCAUCCUGUGGAGGAGGACUCCUCUUCGUAGACGCAUAUAGUGGAUCCCCUACAUGUUGAAAGCCUACAGCAGCAAGUUUGUGUUUUCAACUUUUUGGUCAUGAAAAGUUAGAAGUGAUGAUCAGUUAAACAUUUUAACACAAAGGCAACACAAACAAUCAAACAAGACUGGGUGUUAUGUUACAUGUAACAAGGCAAAGGACAUUUUUGUGCUGUGUCUGCUUCUUUUCAAAGCAGCUGAAAUGAAGUACAAAUUAUUCAAAAAAAUGUAAAAGGUCAAGUGUGAAAAAAGAAAAGAAUUGCAUUUUCUGUGAGUUUAGUGAACCACAAGAGUUGGAAUGAUUUUCUGUUAUGUGCAUAAAAACAUGAAGAAUGAGUGACUGAAGGAGGACAGUAUUUCAGUGUGAAGAGAGCUGAAUGCGUUUGAUCAAUUCUUGAUCAAUAUUGUGACUAAAUAUUUAUGUCAAACAUAAAACAGCAAUCAAAUGCAGCUGUUUUCAGAGGCAUGUGAAUAUAAAAACUGCAUUACUAUUGUUAUGAUCAGUAAUGAUGAGUAGGGUUCACUGGUUACAGCAGCAGAACAAAGGUUGGAGGUCUCGAUGUAUGGAACUGUUGUUGUUGGUUCUGUUAUCAGCUUUUCUUUUAUUAUUUCUGGUCUUAAACACUACAGAAUUAAAGUGGCUUUAAUGAACUUUUUGUACAGUAGACUGGUACUGUCAGUGAAUUAUUUAUGCUUGUGUUGGCAUCAUAUUGAUACUCUUUAUUUUAGAUGUUAUUCUGCGCUCCAUUGUAGCAGUGCUGUUCUGUGAACAAGAAACAUGUUUGCAAUGUGUGUAAUGUCAUGUUAAUACAAAGUGAACACAGUGCCAUUUUGAUUAAGUCAAAAUUCAUUUUUUUCCCCUCAGUAUUGAUAUUGUCUAGAAUAAACUCUGUGAAGUCUC